GCCGUCACUUCCGCUGCCGUUGCUGCGACACGGACGUCAACAGAAAUGUCUGACAAGGAGAAGCGGCGCUCCGCGGCGAUUCCUUCAGGGAUGCCCGCGGGCAAAGCCGUCAAGCCGGACAGCGACAGAGAGUUUCUGGCGCAGGCCGGGGUGGGAGACCUGCUCCUCGGAGCCAUCCUGAAGAUGGUCGAAGCCCGGUCGGACGAUCCCGUCGGGUUCCUGGCCGACCACUUCUGCAACCUGGCCUCGGUGACGGACGGCGGCACAGCUGAAUGCGGCGACGAGGAGCCGCAGAACAGCGGCCCAAACAGCGCAGGCGCACUGGAACAGCAGCGUCUCAACAGGGCGCUGUGGCACCUGCGGCUGGCGCAUCACUCCCAGAGAUCCGCUUUCAGCAACAACGUGCGUGUGGCCUAUGACCUCCUCGACGUCACUGGCUGUCAGGGACAAGCAGGCGAGGCCCCUGGAGGCUCUGACGGCCCCUGCUCUGGUGGUCCCAUGGGUGCAGGAGGAGGCGGGGUGAGGGGAGGACUCUACACGCAGACUCUGCAGUGCCUCUGCAGUGAGGGAGGCGUCCCUGCCUCCACCUCCGCCCCGCUCCUCCAGCGGCUCUGCUGCCAGGACCACGAGGCCGUCCCGUACGACGUGUUCCGCUACAGCGUGCUGACCUGCGCUGUUUUCUCCGACUACAUCCGGCAGGCUCAGAGGCUUUACGCCGAGGUGUGCUGCUCGGACGAGGGGCCGGUGUCGCGGGCCCUGUGUCUGACCGUGCUGGGGACCUUAAAGGAAGCCUUAGAGACCUCUCAGGGCUGUGACGCGAACCGUUCUCUCAACACCAACACGAAAAGCAACAACACAAAGGCUCGCCGCUAUUUGCAGGCCAGUGCCAGGAUCUCCCCCCACAACCUGGCCCAGGCCAUGGUGGGAGCACAGACACGGGGUCCCGGAGGCAACAUGGAUGCAAAGGAAUUUGAAAAUGCAGCGGCGGAGCUGUUCAUCGCUCGAGUGAAACUUGUGUCUUAAGUCACGAAUACCGAACAAGUCAUCGUGUUAUUCUUAUCACGUCUGACACACUGCAGCCAAACGACACACAAAGCAAAUAAAAACACUGACACCCAACCCA